AUGUUUGGCUUACUCAGAUGUAGGCAGCUAAUCAUCUCAUUCAAUGUAUUUACUAACUUACCCACUCACUCUUCUGUGCUUCUUUCCCUUGUAUCACCAAUUUCUCCUCCUCUUGCUUUACCCGUCCCUCUCUCUGCCUGCCCCCCAUCUCCACUCCACCAACCUCCCUCUUUGUCCUUCUCCCCCUCGCUGCCCACUUCCCUCCUAUCUCCCAUCCCUCUCCUCCUCACCAGCACUCCUCUCAUCGGCAUAGGCGAGUGGUUGCAGAGCCCGCUUUCCCCUGUGUCAUCACCAAUGCGCUUCUUUCUGUAUUAUCCUCUCAUCCCACUCGUCUUCCUUUCCACACACUUCGUUUUCCACUUCUACUUUCCCCUCUGUCCCUCCUCUCCUCCCCAUCAGCCUCUCCAGCCAUUCGCAGCCAUUCGCAGCGCAAAAUAUAGCAUCGGCACGGCCUCCAAUGUGCACGUUCUCGUGCUCCCAUUGGUGGCGCCCUGCCACGUGGAAGCGUAUGAGAGGCUGUGCUGGCAGCGCACUUGGCCGUCUCGCUCGCUCAGUGCAUCGAUUCUCUCAUCUCAACCGACUCUACCGUCACUCCCAUGGCUCCCCCACGCACCUCCCCUCUCCGCCCCCUCCGCCCCCUCUUCAGCCCUCCCCUCCAUGUCCCUCACUGGGGGAGGAGGAGGAGGAUGUGGGGGAGGAGGGAUGGGAGGGGUGGGCGCUGGUGCGAAGGCUGGUUCUUUGGGCUCUAGCACCAUUACCAGCAGUACCAGUAGUGCUGCUGCUACUGCUGCUGCUGCCGCUGCUGCUGCUACUGAGGGAAAAUGGGGGGUGGAAGAGGGGGAGGGGCAGGGGGAAAGGGAGGGGCAGCAGCAGGAGGGAGCGGCUUAG